AUGGAAGAGGAGGGAAGUGAAAUGCGUGUGCUGUUGGGUUCUGGAGCGUCCCUGCGCCGGCUGCUGGGCCUGUGGUGGCCCCAGACGGGUCGUGGCCGUUUCCGGGCUGCCGCCUCCGCCUCUGUGACGCUGCUCUUUCUCACCUGGCUGCCGUCUUUCACCGCCCUGAAGCUCAUCAUGGACACCUCACAGGAGCUGGACGAGAUAGCACUCUGCUGCCUCGUCAUUUUCGUCUCUUUCGGAUUUGUGACCAAGGUAUCGUUCUUUAUUUACGAGAGUAAUACUCUACACCAUCUGCUGCGAGUGCUGUAUGAAGCCAGGAGUUUCAAGAGGCACGGGAAAGACUGUGAGGGCAUCCGCCUCCAUUACCAAAGGCUGUCACACCGCAUGUUCAUCUUCAUGGAGGUGUCCAUGAUACAGGCCCUCGCCGGCUGGGUCUCCACACCUCUACUGGUCCGCGCUUUUCUGACAUCCGAAGACGAUUCAGUUGAGUCCUCUCGCCAGUUCCCCGUGCCUCUAUGGUUUCCUGGAAAUAUAUACUUGUCACCAACAUACGAAAUACUCUAUAUUGUUCAGUUCCUCUGUAUAAUAGUGGCACCUCAAACUUCGAUUUGUAUAGAUGUGUUCUUCAUACACAUGAUGUUGAUGGUUGCAGCAGAGCUAGAGGUUUUGAAUGGCAACAUUUCUGCUAUGAAGAAAGUUCACCGAAGGUUUCAAGGUUCUGAAUAUCAGGAGCAGAGACAAUGGAAUAAAGAAAAGCAUGAAGAAGUGGACAUUAAAGGUCACGCUCUAGUUUCUAACACUGGCAAUUCAUCGACGGAGGACGUCUUAGACGAAAAUAUGAAUCUGCUACUGAUGAAGAACAUUCAGCACCACCAGGUGAUCCUCGGAUCAUCACCAGCCAGCAAAAACGUGGACUGGCCACCAGAUCUUGCUGGUUCGGAGGACCAGUGUUGGAUGACUAGUGAGAAGCUGAGCAACUCGGCCGUCAGCUGUGACUGGACAGACUGCGACACCCGCUUCAAGAGAAGCCUCCUCGUCUUCUUGACAGUGGCUGGGCGGCCUCUGGAGAUCAUAGUGGGCAAGACGAGCAAACUGUCGAAGGAGAUGCUGGUGCAGGUUCUGAAUGGAUCAUAUGGGCUGCUGAACUUGCUAUAUCACUUUCACAGCACUCAGUAA